AAAGUAUGUACUCGCCUCAAUAAACGUUCAAUUGACAUCAAUUAGUGCGGCAAAUAAAAUCAAAAUUGGGUCGAAAAGGAGAGAACCGUACGGACCCUACCGCACUGCGUGAGUGACCUUAAUAUUUUAGUUACUGAUGGGCUACGGUGCUAUCGUGAGCCGAGGUGCUGCAACCACAGCCGCCACCUUAUCCUCCGCACACUAUCUCUGCCGCGGCGUGACAACUCCAUCCUCCACUCCCCCGCUCCUUCCCGCCGCCCUCUCCGCACGCAUUCUGAUCCAGCAUGGUAAGCUCCGCCGCCCGGGAACCGCCGCCGCCGGAGUUUCCGGCGAACUGCUUCAGGACGCCGGCGCCACCGCGCUGGUUUUCGGCGGUGCUUAUGGUCUAGUCUCCACCUUCGAUAAUCUCACCCGCCGCAACAUCAUCGAACAGAAACUGAGCCGGAAACUGGUCCAUAUAUUCUCAGGGCUGCUCUUUUUAGCAUCAUGGCCGAUUUUCAGCAUCUCCACGGGCGCUCGUUACUUCGCCUCAUUAGUGCCUUGUGUGAAUUGCUUGAGGCUUGUGAUAAAUGGUCUAUCCUUGAGCACGGAUGAAGGGCUCAUCAAAUCAGUUAGUCGAGAAGGGAAGCCCGAGGAAUUGCUUAGAGGUCCACUUUAUUAUGUUCUUGUACUGAUUUUAUGUGCAAUUGUGUUUUGGCGUGAUUCCCCUGUUGGAAUGAUUUCACUUUCGAUGAUGUGUGGUGGCGAUGGCAUUGCUGAUAUCAUGGGACGGAGAUUUGGCUCCACAAAAAUUCCUUACAAUCCGCUCAAGAGUUGGGCCGGUAGCAUCUCGAUGUUUCUAUUUGGUUUCUUGGUUUCUAUUAGUGUGUUGUAUUACUUUUCGGCCCUCGGAUAUGUGGAACUGGAUUGGAUGACGACUGUGGGAAGGGUCGCGUUGGUUUCGUUGGUGGCAUCAUUCGUGGAAUCGCUCCCGACUAACGGAAUAGUCGACGACAACAUUUCGGUUCCUUUGGCAAGCAUGGUAACUUCAUUUUUGGUUUUUGGUUGGUAGCAUUUCAUGUCAUAGACUGACAAUACAGCCUGGGCUCAGAUUUACUCUUCUAUUUUGUUGUAGUUAAUGUUCUGAAGUGUUUCUUUUAAGAAGUUGGAAUUGUUUUCCUUGUUUUAA